UCAUGUCUGAUAGCUGGACCUUUCUCCUCACAACUUUAAACCACGCUGGCUUCUCUAAGAGGGAUAUUUUUAACUCUUUAGAGACAGUUUGUCACCGCUCACAGUGGCUGUAAUGAGUUUUUUUCCUCUUGCUUCAGAGCUGCUUUUCUACUCGGUCCAACAAGAGCCGUAUAAGGAGAGCCGUGUUCAGCCUUGAUGAGCGACAUCACUUCAUUCACCACUGACUUCUACCUCAGACUCUCAGUGGAUCCACUUUUCCUCACUUAUUUUCUGUCAUUUUCUUCUUCAUUAUGUCUGGUCUGUCUGUUUUUCAUCCAUCAUCAAAGCCACCAUUUUUAUUCAGCUUUUUAACAAAAGAAGGCUGAUUUCUGCAUCACCCUGCUGAAAGUUUUAGAGACAUUUAUGUUUCAUAACUAAAUGGACUCUCUGGUUCCCUUUUAUUUUUCUACUGACCCUUUUUUCUUACCAAAAAUAUUUGUUUUUAUCUUUCUACCUCUUUUUGGCUCUUCUUUCUUGUUGGACUUUUUUUGCUUCUAGAAUUGUCUUUAUGGGAACUAAUUGAAGACGCACAAGCGUUUCCCCUGAUCUACCAUCCCUGUUGAAGGGAAAGCUCGAAGCAGCUUGACUCUCAGACUCAAACCUCCCACAGCUGUCACAUUUGUUUGCUACAUUGUGACAAAAUGUGGUCGACCUUUUUGGUGACUGAUGAGGAAGGCCGCACGGUGAGUCCCGCUGCGACUGGAACGGUGGGAGGGCCUGCGCCAGGAGGACCACCUCAGGGUCCUGUUGCUCUGACAAGCCUGAUGUCUGGACGCAGCACCUUUGGAGGGAACAAGCGGCGCAGGACAACAUCAACAGGACACGCCAUGAGCGAGGCACAGGAAGGAAAGAUCAAGUUGGCAUUCUUUGUGGCCAUCGUUGGCGUAGUUCUGACGGUCCUUGGGGUGGGGACAGAGUUCUGGGUGGAGCUUUCUCCCCCCAAGAGUUUCUAUAACAACCAGACUUGUCUUACAGCACACUACGGCCUGUGGAAAGGCUGCACCAAGACCCUGUGGGUGGCUGAUAUCGACCCAGAGAGAGAGAGCUGUGGACCUGCUGAACUCCCGGGAGAGUCCAACUGCACCUACUUCAAGUUUUUCACCACAGGGGAAAACACUGUGUUGUUUCAGAAGACAACGAAAAAGAAUCUGAAUGUAGCGACAGCCAUGUUAGCCAUGUUCAGCCUGUUCCUGAUGGUGAUGGGUGCCAUAUGCAUCACCAUGUCCCUCAGUAAAGAGAUUCUGUUUUUCCUCAAACCGGCAUCUGUUUGCUUUAUUCUGUCAGGUGUCAUGGUGCUUCUCUCUCUGAUGGUUUUCCAUCAGUCCGUCCUGGCCUUCUUGGCCAGCGACCACACGGUCCCUCUGCACCACGAGCUCUCCUGGUCAGUGUCGUGUAUCGGCUGUGCGGGGGCCGUCCUCAUCGUGGGCGGGAUCCUCUUCCUGCUGCUGGCUCUGCCCUACAGUCCCUGGCAAAAGUGCCUCCCUCAGAAGGACAGCAGCAGCAGCUAGUGGCCUGGAGGUGGUAGUGCACUUUAUUUGCCCUUUCUGUUUGUGAGGAGGGGGGAGCAGAGGGGCAAGGAGGUUUCCUAAAGAUGACUGAGCAUUGAGUUUGCUUUAUCUGUGAACUUUCAGGAAUAGCAGGCACGUUCAUGGUGACAUGUCCCACUCUCAGAAUUACCCAGUAUUUCAGUAUAACUUCACAAGACAUGAUUUUACCUCAUUUUAGACCCAUACACUCACUGAAGUUUGACGUUUUGCAGUGCAGAUGUUCAAAGUAUGUCUCUUUUAAAAAUCCUAGUAUGCACCUUCAAUGCUCAGAUGUAUUUGGGAAACUCUCCUGCAUUGUCUUACGAAACAUCCUGCAGGGUUUGGAGGCAAUUAACUGCAGUUCAUUCGAUAGACUUAUGAGCCAUUUACAUAAUGCCCUCUUUUCAAAAAGCUGCUUUUUAAAUCAGUGUUAAAGCUAAAAGCACAAUUUAGAUAAAUGCUCUAAGUAGUUCUCAUUUGCUGGAAGCCUGACUAAAGGAUCAUUUAUGCUCUGUGAUUGACCCUCUAUCGACCAUGUUCCCACAGUGCCUAAGGUUCUGUGACAUGAGACUCAUUUAUGCUCCAUGGCCGAUAUGCAUUUUGUUAUAGGCAGAUCAUUGUGUCCAUACUCUGCAGUCAUUUUGCUCGUAUUUAAGCAGAAUCAAUCAAAUCUUACAGAUACAGACCAAAUGUUGCUAUAGGAUUUAACAGUGUGGUUCUGGUAGUUAAAGUCCCAUUCCUUCUCCAUAGUGGGUUUGAUUAUUAGCCGUAUUAUCAGAAGCAUCCAAGUCAGACUUAGCACAAGCUACCUGAGAGUGAAACGGUGAUAUAUGCUCCUGUAGAAGACAAAAGUUUGUAUGAUAUCAACCUCUGGUGAAGAAAACAUAGUUUAUUCUCAUUCUCAGCCAAAAAUACUACAAUACCCACAAUGCUUGAGUUACAGUGACAUCUGUGAUUGGUAGGAACUCCAGUUAACCUCUGAAUGUCUACCAAGGCUAUACACAAGUGUUGACUAUUUAUGUCAACGUUACAUGCUGCUACAGUCUUAAGCAAUAAAUAUGCAAACUACGACUUAAAACAACAUUAUCAUUUCAAAUGCAAUAAUCACAGCAAAGAUAAAUGUAGAAAAGAGGUAAAUAUAGGGUUCAACACUUGAAACGCUAUCAAUAAAGACGAAUAAGAUAAUGUAAAGAAAUAUGUACACAGUCUUUUAUCUUUACCUUUCUCUCAAUUUUUCAAUCUGUUUUUGCUCUGAAUUAAACAUUUUAUAGUUAUGAGUGCUCAGGUAGCUGGCUAGCCGGGUUCAUGCAUGAAAAGUGUUAAAAUAAGGAUUUUGGGAAAUGUCUAUGGGGGAUUUGAAUGUCUAAUUUCACUUCUGGAACCAGAGCCAAACUGGGGGAAUUUUACUCAAAAUUUCUGUGGAAAUAUUGUUGAAUACUUAAGGAGUCAAUGAAACUACAAAAUUUACAAACCCCAAUUCCAAAAAAGUUGAGUCUUGUGUAAAAUGUGAAUAAAGAUAAUAAACAGUGGGAGGCAGGUCUGGACUGCCAGUCUAGGACCUGCACUCUUAUUGUAAGGCCAUGCUGUUGUAACUUGUGCAGAGUGUGUCUUGAUAAAAAAAAAAUUAGGGAUGUUCCUGAAAAAGACGUCUGGAUGGAAACACAUGUUGCUACAAAUAUUGUAUAGAGCUCUCAGUAUUAAUGCUGCCUUCACAGGUGUGCAAGAUACCCAUACCAUUGGCACUAAUACACCCCCACAACAUCCAAGAUGUUGGCUUUUGAUCUUUGCAAUUAUAGAAAGCCAGCAUCUGGGCUUUAGCAGACCAAAACACACUUUUCCACUUUAAGGUCAGCCAAUCUCAGAUAAGCUCAGGCUCAGAUAAGUCAGCAACACUACUGGAUAUUGUUAUACAAGGCUUUCACUUGUUAAAGUCUUAACUUGUGUUUGCAGAUGACGUGAUAUACCAUGUUAAGUAAAAAUGAUUUCUGAAGUGUUUCUGAGCACACGUUAUAGAUUCCAUCAUUUGAUAAUGCUAGUUUUUAAUGGCUAAGGCGUAAAAGGUCAUGGGCAUAUAGUGUUUGUUUUCAGCCUUGCUCCUUAUGUGCAGAAAUUUCUCCAGAUUCCCUGAAUCUUUUGAUGAAAUUACAGACUGUAGGAGGCGAAAUCUCAAAAACUCAUUGCAUGUUGAGGAACAUUUUUAAUAAACUGUUUGACUAUUUACUGUGAACAACUGAGCCUUUCAGGAGUAGGGAAGAGUAUGGAAAUCUGGUUCCAACACAUCUCAUACCAUUCCAAAUUACAAGACAGAUUUCAGUGCUUCAUUUUGAUACCUUAACACCCUGACACUCCAAAGGAAAGACACAAAAUAUGUUAUGUGAAGAGACUGUUUCCUUUACUUUUAUGUUCUAUUGGCAUCUUAUUCCUGAAUGAUUUACUAUCCAGAGACAAAUUUUAUUCAGCCACCAACUUUUAAAACAUUUUUUUCCUCUUACCGAUUCAGGCACCAUUUAGACUUUUUUAAAGUAUUGAUUUAGCACCUUUAUCAGAAAAAAAGAAACAAUGCCCUACCCUACAGGCGUGCUUAUUUCAUACCCAAUCAUGGUACUCAAUCAAUCAAUCAAUCAAUCAAUCAAUCAAACUUUAUUUAUAUAGCACUUUUCAUACAAGAAAAUGUAGCACAAAGUGCUUUACACACAGACGGUACUAUCACCUGUUCCUAAUUAACUUAAUUACCAGAAUGUUCCAGGUUUCAUGAGCAUUCCCUAACUUUUCCAGUCCUUUCUAGCCCCUGUCCCAACUUUUUAAAAUGUAUCAAGUUAAAUGUUAAAUUCUUGAUUUUGUGCUGAAUUGAACUUAUUAUAAGGUGAGAAAGAUUUACACAUCACCACAUUUUAAUCACAUUUUACACAGUGUACCAGGUUUUUUGGAAUUGGGCUGUAUAUGAUGUCAGUUCCCUGGGAACAGGUGAGCUAACAUAGUUUAAAAUAUACUGAUGUAAUUUGUGUCCAUUUAUGGAGCAUAAAUGAGCCUAAACACGUUAUAAACACUGAUUCAACCACCUUAAAUGCAAACAUGUUCAUGAAGAGUACAGCUGACUGUAGCGUCAUAGUUUUAAUUGUAAAUCCAGGGUUAAAAGAACCACACAGAAUUUAAGAUUUGCUGCAGUAUUCACAUUUGCUGCUAGCUUACUUGACUUUUGCCAGAAAGACUGCUAAUUAACUGUAAUUGAGCUGCUUUAUUGAAGCCACCUGUCUGCUCAGGUAACAAGACGACCACAAAGAUCCUAAAAGCGACAGUUUAUCGACCUCCAAUCUGAAAACCUCUUUAAGAAACUCGUUUUUUCUCAGUGAUGUGUGAUAAAGCAAAUAUUUGUUUGUCUUUAAUGUCUGCAGAGCUGUCUGCUGUCUUCAGUGAUCAGUGUUGAUUUGUUCAUUAACUUUAAAGUAGACACUUAGAAAUAUAUUUACUUAUUUAUGUGACAGGAGUCGUCUUGUAAUGCUUUAGAUUCUGUCAUUUAUUUCAUUGUGUUUAUAAUGUGUACAAUAGGCAGUUAUGGAGACAAGCAGUAAAUACAAAUAGAAGCCAUAGUAGAGCUAUACAUGACAGCAGAGUGUAGAAUCAGCUCAGUGUGUUAUAUACCAUCAUUCAGGAUGAUUUAUGUCAAAACAAACUGCUUUGUGUGCCUGUUGGGGGUUUAAAAACCGUCUCUGUGACUUUUUUGAACUGAAUCAAUUGAGUAUGACUGACUUCAUUUUAUUAUUAAACAUGACCUGAA